AUGUCUCAUCGAAGCGAGAUUGGCCAUCCGGCACCAGAUUCGCUGCAUAAGUUGCACACCUACUACUAUUCAUCAAGCACAUCCUCAUACGAGGUCCGCACCGUACAACUCCCACUGCCACCUCGUUCCAUCCUGGUCCGCACAACGCAUUCCGGGAUCUGCUUCACCGACGUUCACGCGAAGCCGAGUGGCUGCGGGCUCGGCCAUGAGGGCAUCGGAAUCGUCUCGGCUGUCGGCAUCGGCGUCGCAUCGGGGCAAUUCAAGCCUGGAGAUCGCGUUGGAUGGGGCUGGCUGAAUUCAUCAUGCGGUCAUUGUACGACCUGCGUGAGCGGGUACAGGCAGUACUGUUCUGACGCGCGAGGCUUUGCGUUCAGUGAUACCGAGCAAGGCGCUUUUGGUGAUGGCCGCAUUGUGGACGCGGAGUUCGCUUAUCAUAUUCCCGAUGGGGUGGCAUCUGAGCAUGCUGCUCCGCUGAUGUGUGCGGGAGCUUCUGUGUACGAGGCAUUGGAUGCUGCGGGUACGCGAAGUCAUCAUCGAGUUGGAGUAGUGGGCUUGGGUGGCCUUGGCCACAUGGCGGUCUUGUUCGCGAGAGCGAUGGGUUGUGGCGUCACGGUAUUCUCGUCGUCGAUGGAGAAGAGCUCCAAAAAGGAGGACGUAUCAAAGUUGGGUGCCCAUGAAAUUGUCGAUUUGAAGCGACUGCAAGCAGAUGACGACCCUAAAAUGGCCAACGAGUUCAAGAAGGUUGAUGUCCUUUUAAUCACUGCAAAUGCAGUCCCGAACCUUGAGAAGCUUCUGCCAUUCCUUGCAAGGCGGGCCACGAUUGUACUCAUGACCAUUCAGCAGGAUACCAUUAGUAUACCAUACAUGGGAUUUGUACUUCCUGGCCAUCGCCUCAUCGCAUCAACAGAAGCAUCGCGCGAGAAUCAUUUACGAAUGCUGGAAUUUGCCGAUCGCCAUCACAUACAACCAUGGAUCGAGACAUUCCCUAUGAACGCGGGGGGGAUAGAUGUGGCAUUUUCCAAGCUGGAGAACGGAGAGAUGCGAUACCGGGGAGUACUCUGCAGAGAUACAGCCGCGUAG